AGUUCUAAUGUGCUACUGUAUAUCUGUUUGAGAGAAAUUCAGUUCUCGGUCGAGAUUAUUAUCGCCUGCCUACAUACCUUACUAACCUGAGUACGAAGUCAAGCUGAGUCUAAGUUGUGUCUGGAAUAGAAUGGAAGACCUUCAACGUACAGAUAUGCAAAAUUCCGAUUCAAGUUUGUCAUGCGGAGCCACAGGAAGGAAAAUGGUUGUUUCGAAGCCCACUGUCAAAAAGAGGAACGAGGAAGCAGGAUCCCUUCGAACUUUGAGUGAUAAGGAACUUGAAAAGAUGACAACCAAGCAGCUAAAUGAAUACACUCGACACAUUCCUUCGCAACAGGCCCAGAAGCUCAAGAAAAGGAGAAGAAUUCUUAAAAACCGCAGAUACGCUUUGAAGUGUAGACUGAAGAGCAUUCAAAAGAGAAAAACCACGAUAGAAGAAAAUCAGUCGCUAGAAAAUGAGCUGUCUGCAACGAGAAGAGAUCUUAAAGUGAUUCUCAAGGAAAGAGAUUACUACCGAUCCAAAUGUGUUCAACUCUACAGUGAUGUCUUCGAGAGGUUUUAUCCAAGCAAUUCGACAAAAUCCGGCAAAUUUUCUCCUUGAAGAAUGUACCCCUACUUAAACUGAGUGGGAUUUACUUGAUGAUAGAAUUUUCAGGAGUGUAUCCUAUGAGUUGCAGUAGACUUGAGAUUUUUGCGCCGACACUAUUGCGUUUACUUCAUGCAAACAAUAGGUCUUUGAAGUGUCUGAUUCUGGUGCUUUAUGGUUUUGUCGACUAUUUCGUUGGUCAUGUCGAGUAAUUCUCUGGUACUCUAAUGAAAAAAACGCAUCGAAUCAGUUUUUACCUAUAGCUAAUGGAUGGUCUAGAAUAGGGAAAUAAGGAAAGGUUAAGUAUGUUAAAUAUAUUUUAGGCGCUUACUUAAUAUUCAUAUAUCUAUUUUCUUGACCCACCAUCGAACUGAAACUUUUCACUUGACCCUAGUUCACGCUUGCGUCAAUAGAGCGUUCCUUUGCUAAUCUACGCGUGACCAGUCUGCAUUGUUUCGUCACGCAUCGAAUCGUUGUGAAAUAUUCGGGCAUGGGUGCUUGUGUCAGAAAUUGCACCGGUAGGUGCCUGUAAUAGUAUGGCCCUCUUUGAAACUUUGCCACCUCAUUGGCAAUGCAAUGAGCGAAAGGAGACCGAUGGUGAUAUAUCAAUA